UCCGUUGGCUGGGUCAGCCCUGAGUUGGGAGCCCUGAUUGGCUGAGGGGCCUGAGGCGACAGAUUCCGGAAAGGGGAAGAGCAGCCAAUAUGGCGGAGGAGCGCGGCGGGGGCCAGCAACAGUCGCAGGAGAUGAUGGAGGUUGACAGGCGGGUCGAAUCUGAAGAAUCGGGCGAUGAAGAAGGGAAGAAGCAGAGCAGCGGUCUAGUGGCAGACCUCAGUGAGCACAGCCUGAAGGAUGGAGAGGAGCCAGGGGACGAGGACCCAGAAGAAGGACAAGAGCUGCCUGUGGAUAUGGAAACCAUUAACCUGGAUAAAGAUGCAGAGGAUGUUGAUCUGAAUCAUUAUCGCAUUGGAAAAAUUGAAGGAUUUGAGGUGCUGAAGAAAGUGAAGACUCUCUGCCUCCGUCAAAAUUUAAUUAAAUGCAUUGAGAAUCUGGAGGAGUUACAGAGUCUUCGAGAGUUGGAUCUUUAUGACAACCAAAUCAAGAAGAUUGAGAAUCUGGAGGCACUGACAGAGUUGGAAAUUUUAGAUAUUUCUUUUAAUCUGCUGAGAAACAUUGAAGGAAUUGACAAGCUGACACGACUGAAAAAGCUCUUCUUGGUCAACAAUAAAAUCAAUAAAAUUGAGAACAUAAGCAACUUACGUCAACUGCAGAUGCUGGAGCUGGGGUCCAACCGCAUCCGGGCAAUUGAAAAUAUCGACACAUUAACCAAUCUGGAAAGUUUGUUUUUGGGGAAAAACAAGAUCACUAAACUUCAGAACCUGGAUGCACUUACCAACCUGACAGUCCUCAGCAUGCAGAGCAACCGGCUGACCAAGAUCGAGGGUCUGCAGAACCUGGUGAAUCUGCGAGAGCUGUACCUCAGCCACAAUGGCAUUGAAGUCAUCGAGGGCCUGGAGAACAAUAACAAACUCACGAUGUUGGACGUUGCAUCAAAUAGAAUCAAAAAGAUUGAAAACAUCAGCCAUCUAACAGAGCUACAGGAAUUCUGGGGGUGUCGUUUUCGGGAGGAGUACUGCAGAGCCAGCAGGAGGAGAACCAGCGUGUAAGAAGUCUUAAGACUCCUCUAAAGGGGUUGCACAGUGAUCACUGAGUCGAGGUCCUCAGUGUCAGAAUCCCUUAGGGCAUUCUCAUGAGGGUGCUGCCUGUCCCCGAGCUCGUGGCCCCUGCAGGGAUCAUUGCACACGCUUCACCCUGUGACGCUGUGAAGUGAACGUUGUCCCCAAUGCAUUCACUCUGAUCCAAGAUUUGUGCUGAGUUAGGCGUGAUUCUUCUUCAUCUAGUUAUGCUGCUGACCCUGCCUACGUCCCGGGUGUUUUCCUUUCCUCAUCUUAAAAGAACAUCCAAGUUUCCCUAGAACACAGGUGGCCUGCUGUGAAAAUGUUCCUUGUCCUUUAUUAAUAGCACUAGGUCUUGGGUAGUAUCAGGAUGUGGUGCCAGAGCCUGUCUGGGAAGACCAGAACCGGAAUUCAAAAAUUGGUAAAGGUGUCCUCGGCUGGGGGAGACAACAAGCCACCAUGUGCCCAGUGCGUCUAGUGUGCAGCCCACCCCUGAAGGAGGAUGUGGUGGGUGGUAGGCUGGUUGGGUUGGAGCAAAGGGAUUUGACUCUGAAGAGGCCAGGGAACCAGACAGAAGAACCAGACGACAAGAAUAAGGAGUCCAGAGACAGAGGACCUGGCUGACAGGAAAGGGGCGCCUGGCAGAAAAUUUAGGAAGAAAGUUUGGGAAACCAGCUGGUAAUUAAGCAGUGUUUCUGAAAUGUGUGAUUCCUUCUGCAUGCCCUGCCUAGGGACAGAGCAUGGGACAUGGGGUGCUGAGACCACAGGUGGGGGCCACCUGGGCACCCCGGCUAUCAAGGAGGCAGGCAGGCUGGCAGUCACUGGAGGCUGGAUCACACCCAACCCUGUAACACACAAAGGAAUCCUGUUUCUUAGACCUCCAGACAAAGAGAGUAAAAAGAAGCAGAGUUUCCAUGGUGCUUUACAGCAUCCAGACCACUUUCCCUUUGGAUCUGAUGAUCACAACAACCCUGUGAAGCAGGUGGUUGUACCCCAUUUCACAGCUGAGGAAUUGUGCUCCAGGAGGGGAAUUGCACACUAGAAAUUCUCAAACUCUGUUAUCUGCUCAUAUCACGUGUGAGAUAUACUUAGCUACUACCUAGUCUCUAAGGGAGAAAUGAGACACCAGUCUUAAUAAAUUUUUAAUGACCCAAA